GACGCCUUCUGACUUUCUCGCUUCAAAUGCCAGGAAAACCUGCAUCAAGAUACCAUGAACCUUGACCGACCACCUUCUUUUGUCAUUUCUAACUCCAGACUUCAUGGGUUCUAUCUUGACAAGAGCAAGUGCCAUAGCCUGAGCCGAGAAUUAACGAAGAAUGCGCCCGGUCUCAAGUCACCUGAGGCUCAAGUGGCUUGGUGGACUGCACGCAGCACUUGUCGCCAUCUGGCCGAGACUGCUCUGCCGGGGAGUCGACAGUUAUUGGACCGACGCCUUUUGUUUGGGUCGGUCUCCCAUCAACUCGCUCACUCGUGGCUCGUCUUGCCUGCUCCAAAAGGACCGAAUGCCUGGAAACGCUAGGAAGGGGCGGGGGCUAGCUUCGAGCACUGAUACCUACGAUCCGAGAUUCUAUCGGAUACGUUGGCCUUUCCAAGGGUCAUCCAAGCCGGGUCGUCUUUCCGACGAUACAGAAAUGUGCUUUAGGGUCGUCCAUACUGCUAGACGACCACUGGCUCAUAUACAGAAGGUCAUACGCACAAGAAUGCCAUCUUAGGCCGGGCGUGUGCUCAAGAGGAGGUGGUCUUGGUAGAAGAGACACAUCACUUCGCUGAGACUAGGCCUGGUGUUUCCACAAUGGUCAGAGAAGAUGUUAGAGCGAUCAGAUGGACACAGUCCCAUCUUUGAACUCCUAA